GAAAAGCGUCCGCCCCGGCUGUUGGCUUCCUUUGUCGGAACUGUUGUUCCACCGUUAAUUUUCAGUAAAACGACGUUAUCUGUUUGACAGGGAGGCUUUAACCAGGAGAAGAACUUCAGUGAAAGCCAUGGCUGGACCUGUCAGUCUGGAGCUGGAUCCCAUCUUCCUGAAGGGGCUAAGUUACCUGCACUCCAAAAGUAAAGACUCCGCUGAGAAGCUAAAAGCUUUACUCGACGAGUCCCUCUCAAGAGGAAGUGACUCAUCUUACCGUUCUCUACAGAAAGAUAUAGAAGUGUCCAAGGGAGCUGUGUCAAAACUGAGUUUAAGCAAGCAGGACUCCAAGUCCUCCUCAAGCUCCUCUUCGUCUAGCAGCAGCAGUGGCAGUAGCAAAUCGAGCUCAGAGAAAAGCAAGAAAGAGGGAGAGAAGAGACCCUCUGAGAAGGUCAGAGUUGAUUUGGGCGAUGUGGAUCCUCCGAAAAAGCCUCGUUUGGAGAAACAGGAGAACCGUGCAUCACCAAUCACUGUUCAGACAAGUAAAGACCUUCUGCCAAACCUAAACGAUGAUGAGACCAACGCUGAUGACUUUGCAAUGGAAAUGGGUCUGGCUUGUGUGGUUUGCAGACAAAUGACAGUGACCAUGGGAAACCAGCUGGUUGAGUGCCAGGAGUGCCAUAAUCUGUACCACCAGGACUGCCACAAGCCUCAGGUUACAGACAAAGAAGUGAACGAUCCACGGCUGGUGUGGUAUUGCGCCCGCUGCACCAGGCAAAUGAAACGCAUGGCCCAGAAACCUCCACAGAAACCAUCCCCUGCCUCCGCGUCAUCAGCCCCUGUUGUAAAAGACACACUGGUCAAAAAGACAGAGCUCAAAGCCAAGCCGGACACAGCUAGCACCUUCCAGGCCUUCAAAAGAGCAGAAGUAAAGGCAUCAACAACCUCAGCCAACCCCACCAGCAGCAGCUCCUCUUCAGGCAGUGGUCUCACAGGCUGGGCUGCGUUUGGUGCCAAGACGAACCCAUCUCUCCCUGCCAGCUCCAAACUGGGUUCCUCAGGCCCCAGUGGGAGUCACAAAAGCUUGACAGCUCCCUCUGGUCAGAAACCUGUCGGCCUUUCUGGGCUUGCAGGGACCAAGUCUGGACUCGGAAGCGCAAAGAUACCUGGGGGUGGCAACGGAAACGGCUCUAGCCAGGUUCCUCUGAAACCACCUCCACCCCUGACUCUGGGUAAGCAGCCUCUGAACCGUUCAGGAAGCGGGGAAAACCAAGGGAAAGGGUCGGCAUCAUCAGGGGCCGGCUCCCCGAGCAGCUCCCAGGCAGGGGCGGGAGGAAACGGAGGCAAUAACGGAGGAGGGAACGGGAACAAUGGGAAUGGAUCAAAGGCUGCACAGGGGGACAAAGCACCAACAUCCCAAGAGUCCCAGCUGAACGCCAUGAAACGAUUACAACUGGUGAAGAAGAAAGCAGCUCAGAAGAAACUGAAGAAAUGAGCAAGGAGAAGAUAGGAGGAAUUUGAAAAUAAACACUUUGGAGUUAGUACCAGAGUAAUCUGUCUGUAUUAGCAGAGCAUCUGUAUCUGUAGUGACACCAUUCAGUCAAAUACUUGAAUCUUUCUUUGUGUAAAUGCUGCUGGACUCUGUGCCUCGUUCUGUCCUAACAAAUCUAACCAUUGAAAGAGUGACUGUCACUUUUUAUCAACAAAUGUCAUUAAAUCUCCUCUCUUAUACACUGGCAGUAACACUGA